GACGCGGGGCUCGAACUCCCGGACCGCGAGAUCGUGACCUGGCUGAAGUCGGACGCUCAACCGACUGCGCCACCCAGGCGCCCCGCUUGUAAACCACUUUAAUAUUUACCUCCACGUUAAUAUGAUGGGAGAACCACCACUCGUUUAGUACACUGAGUAAGUGAGGUGACACUUUUAGAAAGAUUAGGGUGUCUGGCCUGAGUGAGCACACGCGUAUACAGUUUACUCUCAGUUCUGCCCCCACUGCCUCUUCAUUCCUGGAAAUUUCUACUACUUCUCCUUCUACCACUGGUUUCACUGUUACCCAAAGGGCGGCUCUCAAAUGUCCCCUGACUCCUUUACUCACCAUAAGGUUGAUGUGGGACGAGUUCCCUGUGCCAGCAUCACACUUCCUACACGUAUCCCUUAGAAGGCAAAACUCACUUCUGGCCGAUUGUUUUCUCACCUACAGAACAGUGUGGGUGCCUGCUGUGUAUGUGGUCGUGGACCAGAAUGAGAAAUGAGUGUUCUCCUGCAUUUGCUGAGGCAGGCUCUAAUCAAACAAUUGAUCCUGACUCAGAAAAAUUAGACUCAGGGACCUAGAAAUGCAAGCUAUACUCUCAGUCUAAGAGCAGGGUUUUCUUGACUUUGAAAAUAGGAGAGUUCUUCCAUUGUUUGGGGGGAUGGCAGCCACAGCAGUUCAUGUUACCAUAACUUUACACCCUUUAGCAAGACUAUCUGGGAGAAAUCCUAGCUAGCACAACCAAAAGCAAAUACUUUCCCACCUCCCACCUACUUUGGAAACCAGGAUAGAAAGAACAAUCUUGAAUGACGUCCACCAGAUCUCUCUAGUUCAGAACCUAUUCAAAAAUCCAAUGUCUGCUUCCAAUGUCUGCUUUGGUUUUUGGCAUGAAAGGACAAACCAAAAGACAGAAUCGUGAACCUAAGGUCACAAUAGUAUAUGUUCAUUCUUCUUACUUUUUAAUCCUUUCUUCAAAGAGUUUUACUGAAAUAAUUUAGCCACAAAAACAAAAUACUAAGAAUCUACAACACCCAGGUGCCCACCACCAGUCUUAACCAGGCAACCAGUAUCAAGGUCAUGUAAACCCUUUCCCACAUUCUAUAUCAUUUCCCUCCCCUUCCCCGCAAAUUCCUAUUCCUGAAUGAGAAGGAUACUCUCUUUAAAAGGAUAAGCUGUUGUUCCUCUUUAUUGUCUUUAUCUAUGGUUUUAUUUCAAAAAGAUACUAAGAUAUAAACAUCUCUAAGGAAUUGAGCAAACUGGAAAUCUGAACAUUGUUGUUCAUCAGAUAUUAGCUUAAAGUACUAGGUGGAAAUACAGUCUUGUUAACGCUGCACUUAUCAAGGAAACCUUUAAAAAGGUGUUCUCAACCUUCAUUUGAAAAGGUACUGCUUUGCAAUAUCCUUAGUCUGAAACGCCACUAGAGGAAUUUGCUUGGAAAAUUACAAUAGUAAACGUAACUCACUCACACACACCCUCUGACAUAUUGGUUCUAGAAAGGAUAGGUGGCUGGGCGUUCUAGAUGUGAUGUACUGGGCAUCUUAUAUAUGGUGCCCAUUAAUAACAUGGAGGAAUAAUGAAUCUCAAGGUCACGAGCACAGCUGGUUGCACACUGAGGUCAUGGGACAUCCAAACUAGUGGUUCUUCCCACUACUCAAGGUCCUCAAAUCAUUUUUACUUGAUCCCCCUCUCCAAAUGAAGCCUUACCUGGUAAGUUUAGAGAAACAAAAUAAGGACUCUGCUUGAUUGGGCCUAUGUCUUCCUCGUCUCAGGGCCCCAGGUACCUCAGGGAAAGCCACAGGAGGCACAUUUAAAACCCUGAGGUGUUUUGUGAAAACGCCCUAUCAGUCCAGAGACUUAACAACUGGUCCUCUUGAUAUUAGAAAACAUGAAUCUUCCAGGGAAUGUGAUGAAUGUGAAAUCAUCAAAGGUCACAAGAACCAGCUUGAACUUACAGACUCUGAAUAGCCUUGAGAAUCAAGUAAUGCACUUGAAAUUUGUGACCCCCAAUGAGAUGAUGUCUAAAAUACCCUGUGUUGUGUAGAUCACUGUGGCUCUGCUUGAGGACAGUGAGGUUUGGAGAGUAGGAGAUAGUGAGAGAUUUCCUAACAAUAGAUCCCUGGUCACAUACAGAGUAAUGGUCUGGAUAAACUGUAAGCCCAACACACACCCCGGCCCCACCAGCACAAGAGUCCUUUCUUACCUGGGUAAUGUGCUUUUCAUAGUGACUGUGACAGGGCAACUGUCACACUACCUCACACACAGUGUCACAUACUUAUAGUCACACAUACAGUCUCUGUCUCACGCACACUCCCAUUCACAUACAUAUCACACACUGACAUGAACUCACACACCCUUAGCCCAAGGACGCUGGGAUGGUCCAUACACUUCUUAGUAUAUAGGCUGCGUGCAUUCCGAAAUGACACCUGAAAGCCAUGAGUCCACGCUGACGACAAAAAUGUUUGGAUCAGAGUAUUUGCUGUAUAAACUCCACAAGUGCUUCCCAUUCCUUCUCAUGUGAUUCCUGUCCUGAGCUGUCAGACCAGGAGCAUCUACCAUCUCUCCCAGUUCUAGGAGAAGCCCCCUGACAGCCACCCUGCCCGCUUGGGGAUGUGCUCAGUGCAUGGGACAGGCCUGAGGAAGAGGGUUUGGUUGCAGCAUCUACUACCAGGAAUUUACCUACAAAACCUUUUACUCCCCAUCACGCUUACAGGCAGAGUGGUCACUGUGUCUAGCAUAACAAGCUUCAUAGUUCUUAACAACUGCUGCUCAGAACCUCAGCAGAAGUUCAGAAGUGAGACUAUCACAGAGGAGGAGCUGGUGGGGCUCAUGAACAAGUUUGUAGAAGACACAAAGAAUGGGGUACACAGGAAGGAAGGCUGCCCUGAUAUGAAAGUACUCACAUAUGGAGUGUCAAAGAUGGGUAUCACUGUUCUGUCCAGAAUCCAUGCCAGGAAACUGAGUGAGCAGAGGAGGGGAGACAGGAUCCUUCUGAAUGCCUGCUGCCCUAGGUGGGUGAGAACAGACAUGGGUGGACCUACAGCCAUUAAAAGCCCAGAAGAAGGAGCAGAGACCCCCAUCUACUUGGCCCUUUUGCCCUCAGAUGCUAAGGGACCUCACGGGGAGUUUGUAAUGGAGAAGAAAGUUGAACAAUGGGGACCCCCCUCUCAGUUCCCUCCAUGGGUCCCAUUAUGAUACUUCCAUGAUAUGAACAAAAGGACUACACUGUUAACAAUGUUCAUAUCAGAAGAAGUAGAAGAAGAAGGAGGAGGAGGAAGAAUCACUGUCCAUAUUGAGUACUUAAAUUGAAUUGGCUACUAAUUCUGGGAAGUCUUUUGUGAUUUCUUCUGUGAUAUAUGAGAAGAAAAAGUGGAAUUAAUGCCAACCAACAAUGAAUGAACAUCAUAGAUGAAUAAACAAUUAUAAGUAAA